AAACCAUUCAUGUUAAGUGUAAUUGUGUAGGUGUUCUAAAAAUAAGAAGAAUGAGUUUAAAACGAAAGUUAGAGGGUGAGGUAGAGGUGAGAGAAGGUGCAGGUGAUGCAUUCCAUGACAUGUAUAAGAGUAGACCUCAUCACAUCAAGCAUGCUGCCUCUAAUUUUGUUCAGAGUUGUGACUUGCAUCAUGGACAGGACUUUGGUGUGCCUGGUUCCAUACUUUCUUGGAAUUUCACUCUAGAUGGGAAAUCUGGUAGAACUGUGAAGACUGAAAUUGAAGAGAUUGAUGAGCAGAAAAGAUUGGUGAGGCAAAAGAUAACAGAAGGUGAUCUCAUAGACGGACAAUACAAGAGCUUCAUAUGUACAUGCCAUGUUGAACCAAAAGACAAUGAAACUUGCAUAGUUAAGUGGAUAUUCGAGUAUGAGAAGGUGCAUCCUGAUAUCCCCGAACCAACUUCUUUGAUGGAUGCUCUGCUUAAUGCUGCUAAAGAUAUCGAUGAUCAUCACCAUGGCAUUAAAAAAUAAACCUAUGAUUCGGUUUUAAAUAAGUGUUGUAUUAUAAUUCAAGGUGUGACUAAUUUAUUAUGAUGCCGCUUGAGUGUAUUUUCUUCCCUAUGUUUUAAUAAGGUGUUCCUACUAAAUAAUAUAAGGCAUGUACCUACUCGCUUGAGUGUUUCUAUGCACUUCAUACUUUGUAUAUGUUACCUCGAUCUAGUAUUAAAUAUAUAAAGCAUAUAUAUAAUA